UGUGUUGUUCAUGAGUAGUGUCACAGGUAAUAGUAUUAUCAAGUUUAAAAAUGUGGACUGUGGAUGAGUUUGAGUUUUGAGUAGUGUAGUGUCAAAUAUGAUUGGUUAGGCUAGUUGUGAUUUUGUUUUAAUGUUUGUUGUGAUAAUUAAUUAAUUUGUGAUUCUAUACAAUUAACUAUGAAUCCAUCCAGAGAUCCUCUUGGUAGGACGGCAAUCCCAAACAACGAUCAACCUACUUACGGAUACUCUCCGAAUGUCGUCAAUGUUCCUAAUCAGGCUCAAUUUCAAGCGUCUGGUAAACCACCACCAUUACCACCUAUUCCACAGGAAUUGAUCUCUUCUAUCCAACAAUCAUACCAUCAAAAUAAUAUGGGAUAUUCUACACCAAACAGGUAUUCUAAUUAUCAAGGAUAUGCACCAUUGUACAAUAACAUGUACAGUGGUUACAGAGGCUUAAACAAUCAGUAUCCUUUUUCUGGUUACAUGGGAAAUGGUAUGCCAUUUCCUACAAACAACCCAAGUUCACCUUUUAGCUCAAUUGAGUUGUUUAUUCAAACUGUGAGUUCGCUAAGCAUGAUGUUGGAAUCAACUUUGAGUGCAACGUAUGCGUCAAUGCAAGCCAUCGCUGGUGUGAUGGAAAACUGCAACAGACUAAGGCAAUAUCUAAUUGACUUUGUAAAAUUGGGGUUUACUAUACAGUUCAUUCGUAAAAUAAUAAACUUUUGCAAGUGGAUUGUGUGUUUUAUUCGAGGAAAGGCAUUCAGAGAUGAUGAAACCUUGUGGAUUGAAGCAGAAUCCGCUACGGGUCCAGUGAACAGUGGAGCCGAAAUUGCUAAACGUAGUAGUGUUUGGCCUCUUGCUGGUUUCUUUGGUUUGCUAAUUGGCGGUCCCUUCAUAAUCAAAAAGCUAUUCAACAUUGACAGCAUCUCAUCUCUCAAUGGUGACUUGCAAAACUCUUCUCGAUGGGAUCCAAAUGUUCAUGGAAAGCAGGAAUGUAUGGCAAUCUAUGAUUUUAUAACGCCUCAAAAUGGGUGCUUGAAACUGAAAGCAGGUGAAAUUAUCUACAUCCCAAAGUCUCUUCAAUCCUUUAAAGACUGGUGUCCCGCAAUGAAUAGCCGAAAUGAAUAUGGUAUUGUACCUAUGAACAGACUUCGUCGUGUUACACGCAAUACCACUGACACUGUCACUAAUGUGACAAACAAAAAUACACCUCAAGUUACCAAAGAACCAAAUUCUUCUCAACAGAAAAUAACAAACAAUUUGAUGAUGGCAAAGAAGGCAGCUAACAAUUUGUGUACGCAUUCAGUGGAUCUCAAACCGAUAGAAGAGAAGAAGACAGCAAUAGAUAAACCAGAAUCAAACAAGUGAUUUGAAAAAAAUAGCUUUAAAAGAAUAGCUUCACACUCUAUUAAGAUUGAAUUCUGAUCAAAAAAAUGACAGUUCAUUUAUGUUUAAGUUGAAUAUUACAUUCCUCUCACUGUUAUUAGUUUUGAAAAAUCUGGAAUUACGGACAGCCCAAAAAAAUGACUAAAUAUUAUAACUUGAUAUUACAUUUCAAAUAUUUAAGCGUUGUAACCUUCUUGAAAAAUAAACUUGUAAUUUUUUGUAUUGAACUUGUAA